AUGACCACCGAAUAUACCCUGAAUGAAGUCGGACGUCACUGCACUGCAGAUGAUUUAUGGAUCGCAUUUGAGGGGAAGGUCUACGACUUGACAGCCUACUUUAGUUUACAUCCGGGAGGAAUCGCCAUGUUGCGUCAGGCAGGAAAGGAUGGCUCCUAUGCGAUACGGUUAGUUCAGAUGCAUGGCAUUGCAUGGACAACAAUCGAAAAGAAGUUAAAAGAGCAUCAAAUUGGAAUAUUGAAACGUUGA